UCAUGCACGUCAACUCGACAGAAAAAAAUGUCUCAUAUUCCAAAAUUCAUUUGUGCUUUUGAAAUUAAUAAUUAAUACGCUUUAAGUUAACAAUUAUGGAUGUAUUAAAUUCGGAGUGUCCGAAAUUACCGUGGAUGAUAGAUUUUUAUUCUUCAGAAGAUGGAAAAGUGCUGAACAGCCAAUGCUCGGCGGCAUUUGCUGAAAACGGCUUGAGACAUUUAAGCAAUUUGAAUAUUAAAUCAAAAGCACCAAUAUUCCGAUCCACACAGCUGGUAUGUACAGUUCCUUUAAAGGCUACAUGCAAUACAAUAGAAGAGCUUAUGAUAAAUGGUAUGUCAGUAGCGAGGAUAUCAGCGCCCGGAAAUGACACAAAUAAACUACUUGAGUUGGUUACAAAAAUUCGAACAAUUUUAGAAGCAUACAGUAGAAAAAUAGGAAGAAUAUAUCCAUUAGCCUUUGCAUUAGACGUUAAAGGUCCGGAAAUCCGAACAGGACAGCUAGAGAAAAACAAAGAAGAAAUUUUCCUUCCCAAAGGUAAAGUGACCACACUAACAACUGACGAAGCCUAUGAAGAAUUUGUUAGUGAAGAUAUGAUUUUUGUUGACUACUCAAAACUUCCCGAAAUAGUGCAACCCGGUGACAAAGUUUUACUUGAGUAUGGCGAAUUACAUUUAUCAGCUAUUGAAGUUGCUGAAAGUAUAAUACGAUGUAUUGUUGAAAAAGCAGGGAGAUUUUUUAAUCGUUCUUCAGUUAUAGUUCCUAAUGCUCCUAUAGAUCUUCCUGUAGUAUCAGAUGAAGAUAAAAGUAUAAUUCAAAUGGCUUUAAAAUUAAACAUUGACUUUUUGAUGGUUUCUGGAAUUCAUAAUAGCCAGAAUAUUGCUGAUAUAAGGAAACUAGUAAGUGAAGAUGGAGAUAAAAUUAGCAUAAUAUCUAAAAUAGAGAACUCGUUGGCCGUAGAAAACAUUGACGAAAUUAUCGCCUGCUCAGAUGCCAUAUUUGUAGAUUGCGAACGCCUACUAGUAGAAAUUCCUAAGGAAAAGGUAUUUUUAGUCCAAAAAUCAAUACUGGCUAAAUGCAAUUUAAGCGGGGUUCCAGUAAUAUGUUCAACGAAUAUUAAUAACGUGGCAUCAUUAUCGAAAUCGGAAGUUUGUGAUAUUGCAAACAGUAUUAUUGAUGGAGCUGACGCCUUACUUAUACACCAAAACGUUUGCGCAAAGGAAAUUGUUAAAGAAGUGGCCGUUGUGUGUAAAGAAGCUGAACCUGCUGUAUAUCAGCGACAAAUCUUCAAUGAACUUAUUUACAAUAUACCAACACCAAAUGAAGCUAUUUAUUCAUUAUGCAUUUCCGCAGUUGAAGCCUCGUUAAAAUCUAGCGCAGCAGCGAUUAUUUGCUUAACUACUUCUGGUAGAACUGCAAAGGUACUUUCCAGAUUCAAACCUAGAUGUCCAAUAAUUACGAUAACAAGAUAUCCGCGAAUAGCAAGAUCUCUAAGAUUAAAUAAAGGAGUAGAACCGUUAAUAUACUUGAAGACCUUUGAUGGAAAUUGGAAUAAAGAUGUAGAUGAAAGGAUCCAACUCGGAAUAACGUAUGGAAAACACCUUGGAUAUAUUAGAAUGGGAGAUGCGGUAGUGACAGUAUCGGGAAGUAAACCAGAAGUAGGAUUGCCAAACAACAUCAAAGUCGUAUUUGCUUCCGAUUAUGAUACGCUAGUAAAAAGAAUGCGAUCUAAUUGAAAAAUUUUCUGUAUAUAUUUAAAAAAUUUUAGUAUAAAAAAUGAAAAAUUUCUGUAUAAAAAAUGAAAUAUACUUUAUAUCAUCAUAUUAAUAAAUAUCUAGAAUA